CAGAAGAUCAUUCUGAAAAGCUUUUCGGGACCCGGGGCUGGGAGGAAGGGUGGCUGCUGUCCAUUCACAUCCUCUACCCCGAUUGGCCAGAGGCACUGAGUUUGCUUUGCUCCAUGAAAACAAUCUCUCUUCCAUCUCCGUAUACUUGGGACGGUGCUUCGCGCUGUACCUACGCUUCUUCUUUUACGACUCCUUACAAAGUUAUUAUAAUGGGCAGGAGCAAGAAGCAGCCUACACCUCCGUCUCCUAGGGGUUCGGAGCCAACUCCUCCCAGAAUUACUUCAAAUGUAAAGCAGAAUCUACAGUUUUUAAGGUUAUGGAAGGAGUUCCAAAAAAGGAAGUCUGGACAGUCUAAGCCUGCUACCAGUUAUCGCAGAAAGAAGGUGCAGAAGGAGGAUCUUCCAGAGGAUCCCGAACUCUAUCGCGAUCCUACCAUGACCCUCUACUAUACAAACCAGGGUAUAGAUAGUGCAGUCCCUGUCUUGCUUGUUGAUGGCUAUAAUGUAUGUGGCUACUGGAUGAAGUUGAAGAAAUACUUUAUGAAGGGGAGACUUGAUAUUUCUCGCCAAAAGCUAAUUGAUGAACUUAUAACAUUCAGUAUGCUAAGAGAGGUGAAAGUAGUAGUUGUAUUUGACGCUAUGAUGUCUGGACUCCCCACACACAAGGAAAAUUUUGCUGGUAUCGAUAUAGUGUACUCAGGUGAAUCAUGUGCUGAUGCGUGGAUAGAGAAAGAGGUUGUAGCGUUGAAGGGGGAUGGAUGUCCCAAAGUCUGGGUUGCCACUUCUGAUCAUUGUCAGCAGCAAGCAGCAUAUGGAGCAGGUGCCUUUGUUUGGAGUAGUAAGGCGUUGAUUUCUGAGAUUAAAGCAUCACAGAGGGAGGUUGAGAGGAUGCUUCAAGAACAAAGAUCUGCUUCUUUUCAAGGUAAAUUGUUAAAGCACAAUCUUGAUUCAGAAGUUGUAGAUGCUCUUAAAGAUCUGAAAAAGAAGCUAUCGGAAAAUGAGUCAAAUACUGAAAAGUAGCUGAUCGGGUUGAUUUGAUGUUCUCUCUUUCACGUUUAACCUCCUCACAUUACGGUACAACCUUCAUGAGACAGUCUUGGCUGUAGAAUUUCCAAAUUGUACCCAUUACCCUGCACCGUGCACAUCCUACAUCUUGAUUAAGUGUAUGUACGUAGCUAUUCGGUGCAGGUACAUAAUAGAGCAUAUUAAUAACAAGUAGGUAUGAAUAGAUUUCGAGCGUA